AUGCGAUGGAUCUCGAACAUCCUUAGGGAUAUCAGAAGGUCUUGUUCCAAGAGAGAAAUAACAUCCACAUUUGACACCUAUAAUGCCGAGGCAAGUGAAAUAAUCACACCACAAGUAUGCAGCGGCGUGAGAACGGAAAUAUCGAAGACGAUUUCUCCAUUCCUCCAGGUGUCGAGGGUUGAUAUUCUCGACAGGAAUAUGCAUGUCAGCCAGAUGUUUGGGACUCUGAGCUUAGGGAAUUCCCUGGUGCAGAUCAGCACGGACCAUGAAAACAGCGUUGGGGUCAGGGCCAUGAAUAUGUCUGGAAACCUUGCCACUAGGGUCCAUACAAUAAUUACAGGUAGGAAGGAAGUGUUCAGCCAGAUUGAGGUAGAGAUGAAGAAUAGAAUCAACAGCGUUGGGCUGAAGCUGAUAAGCCCUGCUGUAAAAAGCACAGGGAUGGUGUAUGUUGCGAAUGUGCUCCAGCAGUUUGGGUCUCUGAGCCUUGGCGCCGAGAUCAUCGGAGCCGAUUCCGAGCUUGGGAUUUCGGUGUGUGGAAGAUAUGAGCACAAAGGCGGAAUCUUUUCUCUAGGGCUUCAACAGUUUACUGCAUUGAGUCUCAACUAUUAUCAUAGAAUUGGGAAAUUCUUUGACAUCGGGGCAGAAGUACAGGCGCCGAGAGUCAGUCCUCCGAGUGCUGCCAUAGGAUGUAGGCUGUCGACAUCAAAGACCCAGGUAAAGGCGAGUGUGAACAGCGACAUGUCUUUAGGCUUUUAUCUUGGAGAAAAGCUGACUGAAGGACUGACUUUCAAUGUCAAUGCCGAGGUCAGUAGAUCUGGAUGUACCCACGGAUUUGGAUUUUCAUUGGAAUUCUAA